UCGUCUGUUGAACUCAAUACUCUAUUCGGAAACGUUUAAGAUUCUGCUCCCGGCCAAAUUUUAGAUUGCACCAACGCGAAGCACUCAUAAUAUGGACAACCUACUGGGCAACUCCAUUAAGUUUCAUGUCAGCGUUGGACGCUCCUGCCAGACGUUCUACGAUCAGGUGAGAAGCCACAAGCUCUAUCGCUACCUGAUCUUCUACAUACGUACUGACAAUGUCAUUGACAUUGAGAAAAUUGGAAUGCGUCGCUGCAACUACGAGCAGUUCCUGGACGAUCUACACAAGUGUGGCGCCGGCGAUUGUCGCUUUGGCAUCUUCGAUAUUGAAUAUGCUUGCGACUGUGUCGGGGGCAUUCACUCGCCGGGCUAUCACGAUCGUCUGCUACUAGUUCAUUGGUGUCCCGAAGGUGCAGACGACACCAAGAAGAUGCUCUAUGCGGCCGGGCUAAAGGCACUGCACCAAAUUCUGGGCGAGCGGCAGGUGAUCAUCAAGGCCACAGACUUGGCGGAGCCAACUCUGGCCCGAGCUAUUGAGGAAUGUCGCGCUCUGGACUGUGUACCUUUAUCAACUCAAGUUCCAUUAGUCGUCCAGCCACACAGCGCUGAAGCAACGUAACGAGAACAGAUAUAACAUCUUCAUUGUGAUUGGAGCUCCGAACCGAGAACAAAGGAGGUAAACAAUGCUCGGUUAGAAAGCGUUUCCGGCUGCUUUAAGCGAAUUACAAUUGAAAAUUAAUCUGAUGGCAUCAUUUCCUGCAAAUUGUAUAAGUAUGGCAAAAAAAAUCUAAAUUUAAUUUUCUGGUUGCAAAUUCAAGGCUUGCAUCAACAAACC